AGAAAACAGAACAAAUACAAAAUCAAGAGAUAUUGCCAUCUUUGAACAUUGGCGGGGUCCCUGGCUAUACGAGGAACAUACCCCAAGGAAGUAGCAAAUUUACCUGUGGAAACACAACAACUGCAGAAGAAAGAAAGGUCCGAAAAUCCCGAAAUCUUGCUUUGUUUUGAGCUUUUCCAAUGGCUUUAAGACGCGAUUCAGCGCACAGUAGCUUGCCUUCGAUCGGGAUUAUUGGCACAGGCUAUGCAUCGCGUUUUAUAGUACCCUUGCUUCGUUCUGUUGGGUUUAAUAUUGCCGCUGCGUGGGGAAACAAUGCAGUGAAAGUUAAAGACAUGGCAGAGAGCUUGGACAUUCCUUUUUAUACGACUAAAAUAGACGAGCUUCUUUUACGAAAUGAGGUCGAUCUAGUCUGCGUGUUUUGCCCGCCUCAUUUGAGAGCAGAUGUGACGGUUAAAGCGUUUUCCAUUGGUAAAAAUGUCAUGUGUGAAGCACCUGCAGGUUUGGAUAAAAUGGAUGCGCAACGUAUGGUUGAAGCAUCGCAGUAUUACCCUAAACUACUUUCACUAAUGGCAUAUCAGCUACGAUACCUUCCCGCUUUUAUUAAAAUGCGAGAGAUGAUCUCAAAUGGUUUCUGUGGCGACCUAACAAUAUAUGAUUGCCGUGUGGAGAUGGAGUCCCUACUGGGGCCAAAGUAUAACUGGCUUUGUGACAAGGUCAUGGGCGGUGGAGUACUUAACCUGAUUGGCAGUCAUUUUAUAGAUCUGUGCCAGUUCCUGACUGCUCAGAGGGCUACAGAGGUCCACGGUGUGCUAAAGACGUUUAACCGACAUACAGAACACAUUUCUGGUUUUCGUCAUAUUACAAGCGAUGACUUUACCUGCUUUCAAAUGAAAAUGAACGAUGGCUGCUUUGCAAAUGUUUCAUUAAACACUCACAUACCUGGCAAAUUUAAACAAGAAGUAAUGGUCGUUGGUACCAAAGGCCGUCUGGUCGUUCGCAAUGGUGAUCUGUAUGGUGUUAGCCUUGACCAUUCGAGUGAGGAAAAGUUGUUGUACAAGGAACGCGGUCGCGUCCCCUCAGUGACAAAUGUUAAGAAGUUGCCUCCAGAUAUUUAUGUCUUGGCAUUUGAGAAGUGGCUUCAGGCCAUUAAGAGAUCUUUCCUAAACCAAGAAGAUCACAAAAGUUCAAAUUUGGACGUUGUAUCAAGUGCAUCAAAGUUUGAUGAUGGUUUUUACGUGAGAGCAGUAUUGGAUGCAAUCAUUGAAUCAAAUAACACACAAGGCUGGGUCAGGGUGCAGUUGGAACAACAGAUUGAAAAACAGCAACCAUUUUAACAAACUUUCUUUACAACAAAUUAUCUAGAUAAAAAUUGAAACCAUAUUAAAAAGUUGCAUAAGAUUAAAUGUGAAUUAUGGAGUAAUCUGUUAUCUUUUCAAUACAUUAUUAUAGUAGCUAUUUUUUGAAAUCUUUAUUG